AUGGAUACUUUUAAUUCUACAUUAUUUUUUGAUAAUGAUACUAAUAAAAAUACAAGAAAGAUCAAUAUAGCUCAAAGUAUUUCCAUGAUUGUGAACGAUUUUCCAAAAAAUGAUAAGAAAUUUGUUCUUAAAGAAAUUGAUAAAGAACUUUUGACUGAAGCAGAUAAGAUUAAUGCACACUUUAAGAAGAUAGGAAGGUCAGUAAGGGAAACAAGCCCAUAUAUUAAUAGUAAUAAGGCAAAUUUUAUUUCUAUUACUGCUGAAACAUUAGUUGAUAAACAUCUAAUUCCACAAAUAAAAAAAGAAUUAGGUGUUGAUUCUAAUAAUAGUAAGAAAAAAAAACAAGUUGUAAGAGACAUUUCUUUACCAAGAAUCAAUACAGUUGACGUCAGAUGUUAUUCAAAGAAGAAAGAAAUUAAAAAAGAAAAAAGUGAUUUUAAAUUAGUUUCUAUUAACAAAAAAUAA